GUGUGUGUGUGAGAGAGAGAGAGAGAGAGAGAGAGAGAGAUAAAAGGAGCAGGAGACCACAAGCUGACUGAAGCUGAGAAGCCAAGCAGUGAGUUUAGCAGCAGCAGGAAUGCUUCUGUGAACAAUGUGCAGGCAGACGGGACAGGAAGGAGAAAUGAGAACUAAGAACUCAUGAUGAUCUCUCACCUACUAAACUAUUUCUGAACCUGAGACUAAUCUGGACCAGAGAUGAAUAAAGAAGAAAAAGACCCCAGAAAGAACAAAACUUUGGAGACUUUUGGAUAUUUGGGGAUUUUUUCCUGCUGAUAUCAAGAAGAAAAUAGGAUUAAAAAAGUGAAGAAGUUGUUUGAUUGGAAGAUCAGUCAGAAGAUGUUGAUGUCCACUUUAUCCCCUCAGAUGCAAAGAAAAGCAGAAUGAAAGGAAGUCAGUCCACCUGUUAAUGGAUAAGAUGCUGUAGAGUAAUAUUUGUGUCUUAGUUUAAAUAAAGUAAGAAGAAAAAGGCACAACUGAAGAUAUACAGAAUUUGGUUUGUUUAAAAAAACUGUAGCUGAGAUUUUAAUAAAUUAAACUGAGUAACAGAACAGAGGUUCUGAUCUUGCAUAGAGGAACAGAAAAGUUCAAUAACAUAAAGUGGUCAGAGGAAAGAUAUGUGGAUAAAAGAGAACAAAGACUAACAGGUUUGGAAAACCAAGAAAAAGAGAUUUAUACAAAAAAACAGGAGAAAGGUAAACACUUGAAAAAACUGCAGGUGUGACAAUGGUUUCUCUCAGAGCUUUCCUCCUCGUCCUCAUUUUGCACACUACAGUUGUGGUCCCAGCAGCCAGCGUAACCCUGAGCAGGCUGGAGCGCUGGGUCCGCUCAGCCCUCCAGUCACUGCAGUGGAACCAGCUGGAGCGCUGCCGUCGCCUGUCCUCCCUCUCUGAGGCUGAAUGCAGGCAGCACGCCCACCUGCCGCUGUCCUCGGUGGCUGUGUACGUGGCGGAGCCUCACAGUGUCGCAGGUCACUCUGACAAAGUUUUGGCCAUCCUACCAGACUCCUCCGUCGGGAUGUUGAGCUCCAAGCUACGGAGACGCUUCAGCGGCAGCCAGGUGCUGAAUGGGAUGCAGGGUCCCCACAGACACCAGCAGUCUCUCCCUCGCUCCAUGGCCCACGAUGCUGUGUUAGUGCUAGAUCCAAGCCCUGGGGAGAACUUUGGACACCCAGUGGUCCUCUUCUAUGUGGAUGUGAAUGUGACAAAGAAAAGAUGCUCCCACUUAGAUGGCAUUUACCUGGGUGAUGAAUGUUUGACGCUAGCUUUAAAGGGUCGCUGUGAGAACCAGCUGAAGCAUCGUCACACCGGGGCAGAAAGGGUGAUUGGUAAUGGUCACAUGACAGUUGGCACCAUUAGCACCAGCGGUGGUAACCGUCUGCUCGAGCAUGCCAUUGGAGGGCUCUGUGAGGUCCACUUCCUCCCACUGGUCGUUGGAGUCAGAGACAGUAACCGAACACAAAGACUCAGAUGUGUUG